CUGUGAUGACGAGCAGACGUUUUAUCCGUUAACUAAAGUCACUCGUAGUUGAGACGAGUCACAAGUCGCUCUAAGAUAUAUUUACCUUGGAAAAUUUACAAAAAUUGCGAUAAUCGCACACAACGAAAAUAUUUAAAAUAAAUUAAAUCCUGUAAUUGUACGUCGGACUGAUAUAUUGCUGUGUUAUUUAUAUAGUUCGGUGUCACCAUGGAUAUCGGUCCGGACUAUCAUAUCGGUCAUUUGGUUUUUGAACAUUUGAAACGAUACCCGGACGUCGUUCUUCAGAUAGAUGCUGCAACUGGUGGGGAGGAAACAUAUGCGUCAGUAUUAUCGAGAUCUAUUCGUCUCGCGAGAUCUCUCAGAGCUAUUGGUUUGAAACCGGGAGACGUAUUAGCUAUUGGCGGAAGAAACCACUUAAAUAUUCAUAUUCCGUUUUACGCGGCUCUCUUUAAUGGCUUACCGAUUGUGGGCGUCGAUCCGUAUUUCAAAUACGAGGAAAUAUAUACACUGUUCAAAAGGGUAAAACCGACAAUAGCAUUUUGCCAGACUGAAUCCAUCGACAUUUACGCGAAAGCUGCAAACGCUCUUGGAUUAGACAUAAAAUUGAUUGCAUUCGAUGGGGAGGAGUCUACAUUAACAAAGUUUGUGCAGAAAUAUGACACUGGGCAUCCGGAACCAGACUUUCAAGUAGCGGAGUUCGAUAUUGACAAAAUAUAUGUAUUUCUGAUAACCACAAGUGGUACCACGGGCAAUGUCAAGGCAGCAGCGUUCAACCACAAGCCCUUCAUGACAAAAACGUUGGCAAUUUUGAGAGUAUACAAUCAACAAAAUCUGAAAGGAGAAAGGUCAUUAUACUUAUCCCCUGUGCAUUGGGUGUCAAGAUUCUUUUCAACUACCUUCACGCCUCUUGUGAGCAGCACGAUGAUUCAAACGUCGAAGCCGGAUAAUGCUGACCACCUGGUUGAUAUUAUCAACAAAUACAAACCUGAAUCAGCUCUGUUCAGCCCAACCCAUAUGUCAUAUUUGGUGAGUCGGAAGGAUGAAGUGGACCUGACGUGCUUUCGAAGUAUUAGUCUCACUGGAUCCAAAAUCUAUCCAGAUGUUCUUUUGAGUUUUAAGAAACUUUUAUCCAACGAUAUGGUUGCUGUAGAGGCGUAUGGGCAGACUGAGAUGAUAGGGCCUGUUCUCCUACCAAACCCUGCGGGACCGAAUGGAAAUUGUGGAACUGGACCCAUACCAGGCUACAGUGUUAAGUUAGUCGAUGUCGAUAGUCGAGAAGAAAUAAAAGAGCCGAACGUGACGGGCGAAUUGUUGGCCAAGGGAUUAAGAUUUACGGAAUAUUACAAUGACCCAGAGGAAACUGCGCUGGCCUUUACGGAGGACGGAUAUUUCAAAACUGGGGACCUAUUGUAUCGAGAUGCGGAUGAUAACUACUUCUUCGUUGAACGUAUCAAAAGCCUGAUCAAAUAUAGGAAUUAUCACGUGUUGCCGUCGGAGAUAGAACAAGUGAUAGGCUCGCAUCCAGGAGUGGCAGACGUUUGCGUGGUCGGGCUGCGCGACGUGACGGACGGCGAGCACGCGGCCGCGGGCGUGGUGCGCGCGCCGGGCAGCGCCGUCACCGCGCAGGAGAUCUGCGACCUCGUGACCGAUAAACUAUCAAAAAACAAAGAGUUACGAGGUGGCGUUGUUUUUUUAGAAAGUUUACCGUACACGUCCACCGCGAAGAUCGCUAGAGGGAAACUUAAACAGCUGAUUGAAAAUCGCAACGGAAAAUAACCAAAAAGGUUCAAUAUUCUGAGCCGAGUUUAAAAAGAAAAAUUAUCAUUUCAGCUUGAUUUUCUUUAUUAUAUAAUUGUGAGGAUUCAUAUUCUUCUGUUCUGUAUCAUUUAAGCAGGAAAAGACU